CCUCACGAAGAUCGCCCGCAAAUUACGGAUGCCACUUCUAUGGAAACGAGCCCUAGGAUGUCACCACUCCCCGCACCGGCUUGCUACCAUCGUGCUCUUCCGGCCCGGGGAGUCGGAACAUGUCUCUUCGCUACAGGGGCGUGCCCCCUCAAGAUAAUCAAGACCUUGUUUCUGAGGGGUUUUGCCGUAUCCGUUUUCCAAAAGAACUUGAACCACCCAACAAUGGCGAGAAUCGCGCCAAUGCCUCCUAUACUGAGAUAUACAGCCCUAAAUGGUGGGUGCCGUGGCAGAAAAGAAAAUGCGCCGAAGGAGAGAGCGCGUCAAGGCCGAUGCCUCCAACGCGAAAAACGAAGCCCACGCCAAUGCCGACGACCACGACGACGCCGUGCGGGAACGCAAGAAUCGGCAGACCCAUGAGGGAAUACCCUACGAUAGCGCUAAUCCACAUCCGAUUCUGUUGUCCAGCAGGUGACAGGACUGCGACUGGCGCGAUGAUGGCUGCGCCGACUCCGACGACGAGAAGCAUCCUAAGCAAAAACGUCCAACUUCGGCUCCGACGUAGUCAAGUGCCGCAGAGAAGCAGCUAGAGUCCCAACAACGCGACGGGAAGGGUUGGAUAUGCCCAGGUCAACUAGUUGACACCCGAAACCGAGGUGCCUACGGGCGCGUUGACGGCGGUGUUGACGAUCAGGGCGGUUGCUAAG